CGGAAUAUCGUCAAUGUCUAUAGCACAACAUCCAACCAAUAGAAUAUUACUUUUAUUUAAAUAUUUUUUAAUCUUUGUCAAUUUUCUUUUAUGUUUUUAAUAUAAUAAUAUAUGUCAAUUGGCGAUUGUACAACAGCAAUAAUCAAAUAAGUAUUAUCAUAACCCUCCUUGCAAUUUUUUGGUUAACAAAAUUGUAUAGGUAAUAUCAAUAAAUCACAAAACUAGACAAUAUGAAGACAUUAUGCAUUAACUGCUGGUAAAAAAAUCCGAAAUCGAUACAGCUUAUACCACUUAGCACUUUAUCCAGAUCAUAUCGGAACAUGUUCAACUACUCAAGCAGUUUUUAGUGAAUGCAUUUGGGAGAACUGGGUUAUCUAUGUAUGGUUUUGUAUGAAAUAUCAAAAUUUUGCACAUUACUAAUACCAAUUUAAUACCAUACGAUGGACAUGGGACUGGUCGACUUGGAGUCUGCUUACCGAGACGUGAACGUCGUCAUCGCAAAGCCGAUAGCGGAAAACGGGAGAGAAGACCAGUUGAUGGUGGAACCCGUUGUCAACGUUGAGUGGCGGAACGGUGACGAUAAAACAUCGUCAGAAAUACAAAAAGACAUCAAAUCCAACCUAAAGGGUGAUAUGCUCAAUGUGGCUUUGCUUAUAGUGCUAUACAUGUUGCAAGGUAUACCGAUAGGAAUUUCCUUGGCCAUUAGGACGUACAUGCAGAAUAGAAAAGUAUCGUACGUUCAACAGGCAAAGUUCAGUGUGGUUGACUUACCGUACAGUUUGAAACUAUUAUGGGCUCCUUUGGUGGACGUCGUUUACUCACGACGUAUGGGCAAACGGAAGUCGUGGCUGGUACCGGUGCAGUUUUGUAUAGGACUGUCGCUGAUAUUCAUAGCAUCGAAUAUAAACAACUGGUUGAUGGAAAACGAUACAUAUAUGACAACGUUGACGUACGUGUUUUUUUGCGUAAACGCUUUGGCCGCAACCAAUGACAUCACCAUCGAUGGGUGGUCGCUCACUUUACUGAGAAGGGAGAACGUAGGAUACGCAUCAACGUGCAAUACGUCUGGUCAAGCAUUGGGAAUAGCGUUUGGGUAUGUAAUGUUCAUAUUGUUUGAGUCCGAGGAAUUUUGCAACAAGUGGCUACGUUUUACAGCCCAAAAAGGAGGCAUGAUUUCGAUGGAAGGAUAUUUAUACUUCUGGGGAAUAAUAUUCACUGUGGCCUCUACGUCUAUCGCGUUUUUCGUUAAAGACAGAUAUAAUCAAGCGGACAAAAUUAGUCAAAUCAAUAUUAAUCAAAUUUAUAAAUUGCUAUGGAAGAUCAUAAACCUUCGGACGAUGAAAAUAUUCACCCUAGUUAUGCUAGCGUAUGAAAUGUCAUUUUCGUCCAUGGGAUCGUUCGUGUCCAACCCAAAAUUUAUGGAGUAUGGCGUGGCUAAAGAAGAGAUGGCUCUAGUUGACCUAUCAUUAAUUCCGAUAAAGAUUUUUAUUCCUAUUCUUAUUUCUAAAUAUACAUCUGGACCGAGACCGUUAAAAAUACUUUACAAGACUGUGCCAUACAGGUUAGUGUUGGGAAUUUCUUCCGGAGUCCUUGUGUACUAUACUCCGUAUUUCAUAGGUGGCGAAUACCAUAACUGGACAGUUUACUUUUUCCUGAUUUACGAACUCCAUCGUAUUUUGAGACUGGUGUUGUUGGUUGUCGUUUACCUGAGUGUUAGGUCGUUUUUCUUACAAAUCAGUGACCCUCGAAUUGGUGGUACGUACAUGUCACUGUUGAAUACUGUUUGGUAUUUAGGAAUAGCUGUAUCUCGAAUUACAGCUCUGGGAAUGCUCAACUUGCUGACGAUCAAACAAUGUUCGGCUGACCGGGUGAACGAGUGUCGUUUCAAAACAGCKAAUGAUGAAGAUUGCGAGAAGUUCGUCGGAGUGGAAUGCGUCACCGUGCUGGACGGUUACUUUGUCGAAGUGGUAUUCUGCACGGUGUCCGGCGUGGCGUGGUAUCUGGCCUUGAAAAAAAUCAUCGAAAACUUACAGUCCAGGGAAAAGAGCGAUUGGCAAGUGAACGACGUUGGGCUGAUCCAAGGCGUGUCUCAGGAAUGACGAUCGUUUGCUUGAAUAUUCAUCCUGUCUAUUUGUACAACCACUAGAACCGAUCCGUCAAACGCCGAAUCAUUUUAAAUUGUUUUAAAUCUUUUUUCCCUCAAAACUUUUCUCAAACYACUAACUGGCCUUAUAACCAGCGAUUUCGACAGGUAGAUAUAUAGUAAUUGGUAGRUAGGUAGUAUAGAUACCAAGCGUUCAAGCUUUAUAGGUCAAAUACCUAUAGGUAUGUAUAUUAUAUUCAUCCUAAAUUAUAUACAAAACUUAAACUAUAAAUAGUAUACCUAUAGUAGGUACCUACCAAUAUAACCUUAUUAUGUGUGUACCGUGUGUUAUAUUUUAAUUAUACAAAUUGCCGGGUAUGAAUAAGAUAUUUUAAAUG